AUGCCUUUAGCAGAUCACCUGCAGCAUCUCUGCCAAUCACCUACUUUCGAGUAUCCUAUCCCCAUCCUUGAAUUUGCACAAGCAACUUACAGAAACUAUCUCUUGGACGCCUUCUCGUCUUACCGUGCCCUCUUCCCGCUUGAAUGCCUGCGUUUAUUCAUACUUUCGCCCCAUACCCAAAACCAUGUCCAACCUCUCCAACUUGCUCACCAUUCACCUGCUUCCCAGGCAGUCGGUCAACUCCGCUCCACAGCCUCCCUGUCCCACAACCUUACCCAAGCCCAAUCCCUUGUCCGCAAAGCCCACGCUGCCGGCGCCUCGGUCCUCUUCCUCCCCGAAGCAUCCGACUACCUUACUACCGGCUCCUCCCUUGGCCUCUGCAAACCCAUCACCUCCUCCCCCUUUGUCCGUGGCCUCCAGGACUCGGCGAAGCAAUACUCACUCCCCAUCAAUGUCGGUAUUCACGAGCCCGGCACCGACGGACAGAAAGUGAAAAACACGUCGAUUUGGAUCGAUGAAACAGGAGAAAUCACACAGCGCUAUCAGAAGAUUCACAUGUUUGACGUAGACAUCAACAAUGGCCCCCAGCUCAAGGAGUCCAAUGGUGUCGAGCCCGGCACCCAGAUCCUAGACCCAUUUACUACGCCAGUCGGAACAUUAGGCCUGCAAAUCUGCUUCGAUAUGCGCUUUCCCGAGCCGGGCAUUGCGCUACGACAGCGCGGUGCACAGAUCAUCGCCUACCCCUCCGCCUUCACAACCCCAACCGGCAUCGCAGGACACUGGGAGAUGCUACUCCGCGGCCGUGCGCUCGAGACGCAGACUUAUAUUAUCGCGGCGGCCCAGGUGGGCAUUCAUGAUGACGAGGGAAAGCGGAGGAGCUACGGUCAUAGCAUGAUUGUGGAUCCGUGGGGAAAGGUGAUAGCCGAGCUGGGCGGAGACGACAAAGGGGAAGGAGCAAAGUGGGAUGACGAGGGUGAGAUUGCGGUUGCAGAGAUUGACUUGGAGUAUGUGGACAAGGUCAGGGGGCAGAUUCCAUUGAAGAGGCGAACGGAUGUCUAUGCUGAGCUUGUUUAA